UGAAAUGCAAAUGCCAGUAAAGGACUUGCUGCUGUGUGGAUGAAAUAACAGCAACAUCACUACGGCAACAGUUACAGACACAUAUACACACAAAGAUACGGUCAUAAACAAAACAAAGCACUCAUAUAUGCUCAGCCCGUACGUCAGGUCAACCUGACACUAUGUAAUUGCUCAGUUUAUAGUCAAGAUCUGUGCUGUGAAUGAACAAAGCAGCGAGGCGGCUGAUCUGAGUGAUGUCUAAUUUCUAUUUUCAUAUGCAGCAACAUUCACCAGUGAUUCACAGGAACAGAUUUGCAUGCUGCGUAUUUUUAUUUCCUCUGUAAGGACCCUGAUCAUAUCAUUCUGCUCUGAAGCUGAGAGGAAUGCAACAGUAUCCAUCUCCGCUGGGCCUCUACAACCAUGUUUGGCUCUGCUGAUCUGAAGCUGUGCGGCACCGCCCUCCUGCUGGUCCUGGGAUCGCUCGCCAACAUCUUUAACCUCGUGGUCAUGCUGGUGCAGCAGUGGAGGUCCGGAUGUGUGAAAACCGUGGCCGUCAUCAUCUGCUUCAUCUCGCUGGGCAACGUCCUGCUGCAGAUCUCCACCUUCGUCCUCGUGGCCUCGGUCUGGGCUGGGGUGCUCUGCUGGCCGGACUUACCUUUCUUCUUCUGUGUCGUCCUGUUCGUGUGGCUCAGCAGCAGCUCCGUCAGUUUCUGGUCCGUGGCCUGGCUGAGCGUCUUCUACUGCAUGAGGGUUCUGAGCUUCUCUUCAGUUAUAUUCAGAGCGCUGAGAAACAUCUCGAUCAUCCUGAACGUCUUCCUGGGUGUGACCUUACUGACCUCCUGCGUGAUGUUCACCCCUUUCUUCUACCUCAAAUCCCAAAGCAAAACUCUUGUUCCAAAAAACAUGACAGAAAGAGCUUCUUGUGUCAUCAGGAAGCCCCUGUUUCCUGCCUGGGUCGUCGUCAACGUCUAUGUGGUCAUCUUCAUCUGCUACCUCGCCCUGAUGCCCUUGAUGAUCAUGCUCCCCACUUCACUGAGGCUGGUCGUCUACCUCUGCAAACACAGCUUGUCCAUGCGGAAGCAGCAGAGCGGUUCUCACGCUGCAGAGUCGUACCUGCUCGUCUGCAGGCUGACGGUCGCUCUGGUAUGGGUUUACCUCACCACGCUGCUCACCAUCUCCCUCUACUACUUCCAUGCGAUCUUCGCCUCUGGGCUGAGCGCGGACAUGCUCUUCCUUGGCUUGUCUUUUUAUUGCACGGCUUCUGCGAUCCUCCUCACCUGCUCCAACAAGAACCUGAGAGAGAAGCUCAGAGUGCUGAUCUGCAGCGGGACGAACACGAACACAUCGGCCCGGAGUGCUGAAGAUAAGAGUGGAGUUUGACUGAGUUUUACUUGAGUGACAUAUACAGCAUUCGGCAUACUCUCUAAUUAUCUUCACACUCUGUACUAUGGAUUAUGUCCUGUACGGCUCUAACUCUUCACUUAUCUGAAACAGGGUUUUACUGAUUUAAGCUGUGUUCACAUCGUAUGGGACGGACAGCAGAGUUGGUACUGGGCGCCGACAAGCUGUUGAACAGGAGCCUGUGACAUCACUGGAUGUUUAUUUGAACAUCUGUAUCCCAGUUAUGAGGCUUAUCCCAGUUUUAAUCAACAUACCCAUGUAUAUGAUAAAUACUAUAGUAUCCCGAACUUUGAAAUCAUUAAUCUGACAUUCCUGUAAUCUUUAACCUUCAAUUCAUUUGACCACAGCUAUUGAGAAUGAAGCCACUUUGGCUUACGCCUGUGAAGACUCAUCAGGUCAUCAGUAUCUCUUAGAGCUUUACAAAGGAAACUGGACCUGUUCUAUAUUUUUACUGCUCUACAUGUCAGAGGGAAAUAUUGUUCUUUUUACUGCACUACAUUAAUCUGACAGCUGUAUCUACUAGUUACUCUAAAGAUUAAAAUACUACCUUAAAACUCAUGAUAGAUUUCAUUAUUAUGGAAUAAAAUAAACGUUUUUUCCAGCAGCAAGGAUCAUGUGUCACGUUUCAAACGUCUAUGAGUUUGAGAGUUGGAGGUUUUCUUCAAACUAUUCAGAUGGUUCAAAAACUGAAAACAGAUUAGUUUAGAAGUUUGUUUUUUCUUCUCACGACCCCUCAGACUCAUGCUGUGACCCCUCCCGACCCCUAGGUUUUGAAUCUGGGUUACCGAACAGUAACAGUAAAAUGUUACAUACUGAUGCGUCAGUUUUAAGAAUUUAAUAAUUUUUUUUACAUUGUAGUACUGAUACUUUUACUUGUGUAAA